AUGAAAGGAAGCUCAGUGAUGCUUGAUGAAAUUGUAGAAAACAACGAACAAUCAACAACCACAUUAUUCUCCAUAAUACCAAACAACAGGAUCAAGUAUUCAAGACUUGACAUUGCUCAGAGACUCUCGGUGGUACUGAAAGAGCUGGCCAUCUCCGAGAAAACUAGUGAAUUGACGGAUCAAGAGUCUUCAGAUAACACCGAGCUGAUAACUUGUCUGCUAGAUGUCAUUCAAAUUUGUACUGUCUAUCGAAGAAUGAACUACACAAGCACCAGAGAAAACACAACACAAUUAUGGAACGCAAUCAAAGUAUAUUACUUUAAGAGUUUAAAUAGGAAGCACUAUUACCCAAGAGCGGCAGUUCUUGACCGUAUUCUAAUAUUGUACAAGUGGAGAGAGGCACUGCAACGAACAAAGUGGUGUUUACAUGAAAAGUAUUUAAGCAAAGUACAUGAAACGCUUCUCACUGAUAUAUUUAAUUUGGCAACCUCUUCAGAAUACGAAAAUAUUCGAGAAAAAGCUAAAAUAUGCUUUUUCAAAAUUGCCAAUUUGUUUAAGCAUUCUCAUAGAAAAUUAAUAGAUCCAUAUAUUUUAACAUCAGUAUCAGCCUUAACAGACCCAGCCUGUACGAACAACUAUCAAGUAAUAGGAUGUAUUGAGUUUUUGGCCUCCCCAAUCGUGAUCAAGACAAUAUGUAGAAGCUGGUUCUUUGCAAGCCGUUGUUUCCACUCUCUGUUCCUUUGUUCAGUGGACGACCAUGAAGUUCAUGCAAAGAUUCACAUUGUCAUAGCUCUGUAUGCAUCCUCGUUUUUUGAGUUACCAAUUCUGAACAAGGAGUCAUUUGAGCUGUACAAAAUUACCGUUCACAAUCUUGCAACGCUUUUGAACAGAAAUAACAUGUCUUGGAAUUAUCAAGUAAUUAUUAUUAUUAUGAGAUUUUUAAAGUGGUUAGUGAGACAAGAUCCAAAAUAUGAACAUGAUGUAUUCCCACACGCCUAUGUAAGCACAAUAGCAAACAGCAUGAUUAGUGAAAAUACUAACCUGAGGAUUAUAUCUUUGAGCACAAUGAACAGAAUACUACAGCAGCUCAAGCCACAUCAACCAUUCCAAAUUUUAAAGGAUGUUGAAACAAUCAAACGAUUGCUAGACAACAAAUUCGAUGUAUCUCCGUCGAACACAAUGAUUGACAAGCCAUACAAUUAUACUUCAGACCAUUUAUCAGAUGUCAACAAUGUAUUAUCAUUCCUACCACACGAGCUUAAAGUUUAUGAUUACUCAAAAGAAUUACGACCCUCUUCAUUCCAUGACUCGUUAGAAGUCAUUCAACAGUUGAUGAGUGAAAUAACUUGGUGGAAACGCUUUUUCGAGUGUGCCAUUGACGGCGAUACAACAACAAGCCCAACGUUUCGAAUGCAAAUGACAUUCUUUUUCAAAGGUCUAUGCCAAGUAAUUGGCCCAAAAAUUAUUGACAUUAUCAAAACGUGUUGGGAUAUUGUAUUAUCGAUUUCAAGCGACGAACCAAAUCUUGAUUUUGUGAUUAGAUUAUCUAGCGAAAUAUUUACCGGUUGUGUUCGAGGUUCCAAGCAUUGGCAAUCUCCAGACCGUGCAAAAUUGUUUAAUAUUCUCUUACCCAAACUAGAAAGAAUGGCAGAACUGAGUUCUCAUAACUCGUGUAAUUUGGUAGUGUCACACGCUCUCGCACAUUGUUUUCGAGAUUUGGAUUACCGAAGAAAUACGGAAAUAAUUGACUUUGUAAUUUCAAAAAUUGAUCUUGGGAGCAGUGACACGUUACUCCAAACAAAGAUACUUAGCUUAACGUAUCAUGCGCUGGCUAACUGUGGUGCCAUCAACCAGUGGUAUCAACAUCUUGUGAACAGCAAAUUACUUCCGUUUUUGAAACAUUCUCAUUUUGAGAUUCGAGAACUUGUAGGAAGCAUCCUUGGUUUAGGAUUUUUGGCGAACUAUCAUUUUUACAUUGGUUCACAUAUUGGAAAUCAAGACAAGAAUUCAUACUUGGAAAGUAUUCUUCAAAAUUUUGCAAAUCAAAUAGAACAAUCAGAGACCGAGAAUCAAUUUGAAUAUGUAUGCUCUGUCUUUUUUGAGUGUGUGACUCGUACCAUGAUUCGAGGAAUUAAUAUUUUAACACCUUAUCUAGACUCAAUUUUGACCAUUCUACUUGCCAUCAUUAACAAGUCUCACAAUAACGAAAUUACACUUCAAGCGAGCAUUGUUGUUGCAAAAAUUGCAACCAUGGUUAACAAACAAGGCGCGAGCAGUAUUUUCAUGUUAGCCACAAGCAACCUUCAACAACAGACAAAACCCCAUCCAUCAGACAGUUCCAGCCAAUGGAAAUCAAUGAUUUUAUUAUCAUUUUUAGGAAAUUUUUCAUUCAAAAAUCAAUUUUACCUAUUUAAGCAUGAUGAUAGUUAUCAAACACUUUGUGAAGCAUACCUUAAUAACCUUAAAGACAAAGCCAUGGUGAUUCGCCAGCUUGCAUCGGAUAUGCUCUGCUCUCUACUACGAAUCAUGCCUCAAAGAGUGUUGUUACCUUUUACAAAGCUCUUUCUAACGCAAGCUAAAGCAUUAUUGGACAAGUCUGAUACGACUCAAAAGAAUUCACAAGAUCCUGUAUUUGUAGGCUUAGGUUUGAGCUCUAUUGUGAAAGCAUUUUCACACUGUUAUGACAUUCCCACAUUUCUGCCAAAUAUCAUGGCGCAGUUGGCAAGAAUGAGCAAAUUUUCAACUGUCGUGCAAGGUCAACCUUUACAAAAGAUUAUUCGUGAAACCUUUGACAUUUUCUUUAGAUUACAACAAUCCAUUGAUCGAUGGGAACAAAACAAGACCAAAUUCACAGCUCAACAACUUGAAACUGUUUCAGAGUUGCUAUAUUCUCCAAGUCACUAUGCUUGA